AUGGAAAACCAAGACAGAAAAGUGGAGGGUUGACGCCCAAAACCCACUGACCAAGGAAAUACAAAGACUGCAGUAGGUAGGUGGUGGAUUGAUACGAUAAAGUAUGAAAAAAAAUAUAUAAUAAUGUAUGCACUGACUAACUGUAAGUCGCUCUGGAUAAGAGCGUCUGCUAAAAUGACUAAAAUGUAAAUGUGGAAAUAAAGGAUUUAAAAGUAGCCAGGCUGUUUCUGCUCUCUUGUCAACUCCACUGUGAGGCAGUCCAUAUGGGGAUGGUGGAGAGGUGGAAGGGGGUCUAACGGGGUCAGCAGUCCAUAUGGGGAUGGUGGAGAGGUGGAAGGGGGUCUAACGGGGUCAGCAGUCCAUAUGGGGAUGGUGGAGAGGUGGAAGGGGGUCUAACGGGGUCAGCAGUCCAUAUGGGGAUGGUGGAGAGGUGGAAGGGGAUCUAACGGGGUCAGCAGUCCAUAUGGGGAUGGUGGAGAGGUGGAAGGGGGUCUAACGGGGUCAGCAGUCCAUAUGGGGAUGGUGGAGAGGUGGAAGGGGGUCUAACGGGGUCAGCAGUCCAUAUGGGGAUGGUGGAGAGGUGGAAGGGGAUCUAACGGGGUCAGCAGUCCAUAUGGGGAUGGUAGAGAGGUGGAAGGGGAUCUAACGGGGUCAGCAGUCCAUAUGGGGAUGGUGGAGAGGUGGAAGGGGGUCUAACGGGGUCAGCAGUCCAUAUGGGGAUGGUAGAGAGGUGGAAGGGGGUCUAACGGGGUCAGCAGUCCAUAUGGGGAUGGUGGAGAGGUGGAAGGGGAUCUAACGGGGUCAGCAGUCCAUAUGGGGAUGGUGGAGAGGUGGAAGGGGAUCUAACGGGGUCAGCAGUCCAUAUGGGGAUGGUGGAGAGGUGGAAGGGGGUCUAACGGGGUCAGCAGUCCAUAUGGGGAUGGUGGAGAGGUGGAAGGGGAUCUAACGGGGUCAGCAGUCCAUAUGGGGAUGGUGGAGAGGUGGAAGGGGGUCUAACGGGGUCAGCAGUCCAUAUGGGGAUGGUGGAGAGGUGGAAGGGGGUCUAACGGGGUCAGCAGUCCAUAUGGGGAUGGUAGAGAGGUGGAAGGGGAUCUAACGGGGUCAGCAGUCCAUAUGGGGAUGGUAGAGAGGUGGAAGGGGAUCUAACGGGGUCAGCAGUCCAUAUGGGGAUGGUGGAGAGGUGGAAGGGGAUCUAACGGGGUCAGCAGUCCAUAUGGGGAUGGUGGAGAGGUGGAAGGGGGCCUAACGGGGUCAGCAGUCCAUAUGGGGAUGGUGGAGAGGUGGAAGGGGAUCUAACGGGGUCAGCAGUCCAUAUGGGGAUGGUGGAGAGGUGGAAGGGGGUCUAACGGGGUCAGCAGUCCAUAUGGGGAUGGUGGAGAGGUGGAAGGGGAUCUAACGGGGUCAGCAGUCCAUAUGGGGAUGGUAGAGAGGUGGAAGGGGGGUCUAACGGGGUCAGCAGUCCAUAUGGGGAUGGUAGAGAGGUGGAAGGGGGUCUAACGGGGUCAGCAGUCCAUAUGGGGAUGGUGGAGAGGUGGAAGGGGAUCUAACGGGGUCAGCAGUCCAUAUGGGGAUGGUGGAGAGGUGGAAGGGGGUCUAACGGGGUCAGCAGUCCAUAUGGGGAUGGUAGAGAGGUGGAAGGGGAUCUAACGGGGUCAGCAGUCCAUAUGGGGAUGGUGGAGAGGUGGAAGGGGAUCUAACGGGGUCAGCAGUCCAUAUGGGGAUGGUGGAGAGGUGGAAGGGGAUCUAACGGGGUCAGCAGUCCAUAUGGGGAUGGUAGAGAGGUGGAAGGGGGUCUAACGGGGUCAGCAGUCCAUAUGGGGAUGGUAGAGAGGUGGAAGGGGAUCUAACGGGGUCAGCAGUCCAUAUGGGGAUGGUGGAGAGGUGGAAGGGGAUCUAACGGGGUCAGCAGUCCAUAUGGGGAUGGUGGAGAGGUGGAAGGGGAUCUAACGGGGUCAGCAGUCCAUAUGGGGAUGGUGGAGAGGUGGAAGGGGAUCUAACGGGGUCAGCAGUCCAUAUGGGGAUGGUAGAGAGGUGGAAGGGGGUCUAACGGGGUCAGCAGUCCAUAUGGGGAUGGUAGAGAGGUGGAAGGGGAUCUAACGGGGUCAGCAGUCCAUAUGGGGAUGGUGGAGAGGUGGAAGGGGGUCUAACGGGGUCAGGGUUUCAUUACAGUACUUCGCUUUGACAGGCUGUUAGCGGGGAAAAAUAUGUCGUUACCAAACAUGGUUCGGGGAGGGGUGAAGUUAGGGAGGGAGGGAGGGGGGGAGAGAGAUAAAAAACUCAAGUGUUGGACUUGGGUUUACAAUGUGUGGGAGAGACUGAACCUGAAGAGAGUGCUGACUGUAAAAUGAGUAGCCAACCUGCCAUUUCAACUUCAGCUGAAGGAAAAUAAUCGUUUUCUCAGAUUUCUAUGGAUCCUUUAUGCACACCUCACAAAGAGGAGAAGGAAACUGCUUUCAUGGAAGAAGAGGAGGAGGAGGAGGAGGAAGAUGAUGAUGAGGAAGAUGAUAGCGGGACAACAGUGAAAGACAGCGAGGAGGAAUCAGAUGCCAAAGCCAAGGAGACUGAACCCCAGCACCAGAAGAAGCAGGCCUGGGUCCCCACUGCCUACUCCAAGUUCGGUAAAGAGGUGUUCUGCUACGUAGGACAGGAGAUCAGCAUCUUUGAGGCCUUGGACUCUUACGGCGCUGUCAUCUGGCCAGCGGUGAGUUAGUCUACUAUUUAACAUGACAUUCAUGUAGGAUAACGACGAAUGAUGAUGAUGAUGAUGAUGAUGGUGGUGGUGGUGGAUGGAUGGGCAGAUGGAUCGGCUGGUAGAUGGGAUGGAUGCAAGAUGAUCAUGAUAAUAAUUUGAUGUCAUAAUAACUAUAAUGAUGGUUGCUAUAGUAACUCUGGUUGCCUGUAGGCGUUGGCUCUGUGUCACUACCUAGAGACCAACGUUGAGCAGUUGAAUCUGGUGGACAAGGCAGUGCUGGAGCUAGGAGCAGGACCUGGCCUAGUGUCUAUUGUUGCCACACUCCUAGGUGAGUCUGACCAGACUCUACACUACUGUCCUAAACAUAGGCAUUUAUCUGAGAGCAUUGGAGAGGUGCAAAGUGAUGUGAUGAAAACUCUCCCUAGCCUAGGAGAGAGAUGGGUCCAUUACAGUCAGAUGACGGUGACACAUUUUAGUUGUUUUGGCUCUGUACUCCAGCAUUUUGGAUUUUACAUUUAAUUUGAGGGUAUUUUCAUCAAUAUCGGGAGAACUGUUUAGAUUUUAGGGGACCAAAAGUAUUGGGACAAAUUCACUUAUGUGUAUUAAUAGAGUCGAUGUCAGAGCCCCGUGAAAAAUCUAAUUGGCAUAAUAAAACAAUCCCCAUGACGGUGUUCCCCCUUUUGCUCUACGACCCCCCACAAGCGUCUUGGGACUCGUCCGGAGUCGGUACAGCCCAUCUGCCAACUUCUGUCUGUAGCGUCCGAACAGUUUGGGCUACACACGAAUAUGACCCCUCUGUGGAAAGUUGAGACACUUGUUUUGCUGUAGGACGCCUAGAUUCCUCACAAGACUCAUCUGAAGGUCCCCCUGUGCCAGUUGAAAGAAUUAAUGGAAGUAUACAGUACCAGUCAAAAGUUUGGACACACCUACUCAUUCAAGGGUUUUUCUUUAUUUUUACUAUUUUCUACAUUGUAGAAUAGUAAUGAAAACAUAAAAACUAUGAAAUAACACAUAUGGAAUCAUGUAGUAACCCAAAAAAGUGUUAAACAAAUCAAAAUACAUUUUAGAUUCUUCACAAUAGCCACCCUUUGCCUUGAUGACAGCUUUGCACUCUCUUGGCAUUCUCUCAACCAGCUUUCCAUUACAAUUAACAGGUGUGCCUUGUUAAAAGUUAAUUUGUGGAAUUUCUUUCCUUCUUAAUGCGUUUGAGCCAAUCAGUUGUGUUGUGACUGUCACACCCUGGCUCUGGGACUCUAUAUGUUGAGCCAGGGUGUGUAUAUUCUAUGUGUUGUAUUUCUGUGUUGGCCAGAGUGGUUCCCAAUCAGAGGCAAUGAGUGUCAGCUGUUGCUGGUUGUCUCUGAUUGGGAGCCAUACUUAUAGAGGCUGUUUUCCCACAUUAGUUGUGGGAUCUUGUUCCUUUCGGUGUGUUCCUUUUGGUUUACAUAGGACGUCACGGUAUCGUUUUGUUGGUCGUGCAUUCUUUAAAUAAAGAAGUAUGUUCGUUCAUCACGCUGCGCCUUGGUCCACUCACUUUGACGAUCGUGACAGAAGAUCCCACCAUACCAGGACCAAGCAGCGUGUCCAGGAGCAGGCGGCCUGGACAUGGGAGGAAGCGCCGGGAAAGGAGCUGGAGAGGUUGGCGAUGGCCCAGGUGGGCAAAGUGUGGUCCUGGGAGGACAUGCUCGGGGGAAAGGGGCCAUGGGCUAAGAUUAAGGCCCUGGCGAGAGAGGAGCACGGACGGACGAGAGGCAACCCCAGAAUUUUUUUAGGGGGGGGCACACGGCAUGGGCGACUGGGCAGCAGGAGGCUGCCACAGGGCGAAAUGGGAGACGAGGAGAGAAGGCCACCGGGUUACGGGAGCCAUUGGCGAGAGGAGGGAAGGAAGUUGUAGAGGCACGGCGAGAGGUACUGAGGUGUAUUGCCAGUCCGGUCCGGCCCGUUCCUGAUCCCCGUUUAAGGCCAGUGGUGUGUGUUCCCAGUACGGUCCGGCCUGUUCCUGUUCCUCGCACCAAGCCUACGGUUCGCGUCGCCAGCCCGGCCUGGCCUGUUCCUGCUCCUCGCACCAAGCCUACGGUGCGCGUCGCCAGCCCGGCCCGGCCUGUUCCUGCCCCUCGCACCAAGCCUACGGUGCGCGUCGCCAGCCCGGCCCAGCCUAUUCCUGCUCCUCGCACCAAGCCUACGGUGCGCAUCGCCAGCCCGGCCCGGCCUGUUCCUGCCACUCGCACCAAGCCUACGGUGCGCGUCGCCAGCCCGGCCCGGCCUGUUCCUGCCCUUCGCACCAAGCCUACGGUGUGCGUCGCCAGCCCGGCCCGGCCUGUUUCCUGCCACUCGCACCAAGCCUACGGUGUGCGUCGCCAGCCCGGCCCGGCCUGUUUCCUGCCACUCGCACCAAGCCUACGGUGUGCGUCGCCAGCCCGGUCCGGCCCGUUCCUGCUCCACGCAGCAAGCCAGGGGUGCGCAUCGUCAGCCCGGUCCGGCCCGUUCCUGCUCCACGCACCAGGCCAGGGGUGCGCAUCGUCAGCCCGGUCCGGUCCGUUCCUGCUCCACGCACCAAGCCAGGGGUGCGCAUCGUCAGCCCCGUCCGGCCCGUGGCUGCUCCACGCACCAAGCCUACGGUGUGCGUCGCCAGCCCGGUCCGGCCCGUUCCUGCUCCACGCACCAAGCCAGGGGUGCGCAUCGUCAGCCCGGUCCGGCCCGUUCCUGCUCCACGCACCAGGCCAGGGGUGCGCAUCGUCAGCCCGGUCCGGUCCGUUCCUGCUCCACGCACCAAGCCAGGGGUGCGCAUCGUCAGCCCCGUCCGGCCCGUGGCUGCUCCACGCACCAAGCCAGGGGUGCGCAUCGUCAGCCCGGUCCGGCCCGCUCCUGCUCCACGCACCAAGCCAGGGGUGCGUGUCGUCAGUCCGGCACAACCCGUGCCUGGGUCACCGGUGCCUGAUCAGGUACUGCUCCACAACGGAGCUUAAGCAAUCCGCUCCUACGAUGUCCAGUCCAGCUCCAGCCAGCGGGGCCAGACCGGACCAGGGGCGCUACAGGGGGAUUAUUGGAGGGUGGUGGGCAAGCCCGGAGCCGGAACCGCCACCGAGGAGGAAUGCCCACCCAGCCCUCCCCUGGUUUGUUUAUGUUUAGGCGCGGUCGCAGUCCGCGCCUUUAGGGGGGGGUACUGUCACACCCUGGCUCUGGGGACUCUAUAUGUUGAGCCAGGGUGUGUAUAUUCUAUGUUUUGUAUUUCUGUGUUGGCCAGAGUGGUUCCCAAUCAGAGGCAAUGAGUGUCAGCUGUUGCUGGUUGUCUCUGAUUGGGAGCCAUACUUAUAGAGGCUGUUUUCCCACAUUAGUUGUGGGAUCUUGUUCCUUUCGGUGUGUUCCUUUUGGUUUACAUAGGACGUCACGGUAUCGUUUAUUGUUUUGUUGGUCGUGCAUUCUUUAAAUAAAGAAGUAUGUUCGUUCAUCACGCUGCGCCUUGGUCCACUCACUCUGACGAUCGUGACAGUGACAAGGUAGGGGUGGUAUAUAUAUAGAAGUUCAGUAUUUGGUUCCAUAUUCACACAACGACUACAUUCAGUUUGUGGCUCUACAAAUUUGUUGGAUGCAUUUGCUGUUUGUUUUGGUUGUGUUUCAGAUUAUUUUGUGCCCAAUAGAAAUGAACGGUAAAUAAUGCAAAUGCAUCCAACAAGUGUGUAGAGUCACAAGCUUGAUGUAGUCAUUGCAUGCUAUGAAUAUGGGACCAAAUACUAAACUUUUGACUACUUUAAUAAGUGAAUUUGUCCCAAUACUUUUGGUCCCCUGAAAUGGGGGGGGGGACUAUGUACAAAAGUGCUGUAAUUUCUAAACGGUUCACCCGAUAUGGAUGAAAAUACCCUCAAAUUAAAGCUGACUGUCUGCACUUUAAUAAUAGUUAUUGUAUAAUUUCAUAUCCAAGGUGCUGGGGUACAGAGUCAUAAAAACCAACCAAAAAAACAAUGGUCACUGUCCCAACUCUUUUGGAGCUCACUGUAUAUAGUGAUUACACCUAUCCAAUAUUUACAGAGCUGCAUGAAGUGUCCUAGGAACUAGAGGCUAGGGGUUGAUUUGGGACUGGCCACCUGUGUGUCUGUUAGUUGACUAACACAGUGUUACCUGUCCCCAGGUGCCUGGGUCACAGCUACAGACCUGCCAGAGAUCCUGGGUAACCUGAGAGCCAACCUGCUCCGUAACACAAGAGGGCGCUGUAGGUACACUCCCCAAGCUGCAGCUCUGUCCUGGGGUCCUGACGUGGAACGGAUUUACCCCAGAUCCGUCUAUCGCUAUGACUACGUGCUGGCGGCUGACGUGGUGUAUCACCAUGACUACCUGGAAGAGCUGCUGUUCACCAUGAGAUACUUCUGCCGUCCAGGUGAUUGAUUGAUUGAUUGAUUGGUUGAUUGGUUGAUUUAUUGAACAGUUUAAAAGUACAACAAAUCCCAGAGUAUUACACAUGAAAGCAUUAAACAACGCAUAUUUCUAAUGUGGUCCUCAGGAACCACUCUGAUCUGGGCCAACAAGGUCCGCCUCGAGACAGACCUGAGAUUCACUGAGGACUUCCAGAACACCUUCAACACCACACUGCUGGCUGAGAUAGGACAAGUAAACAUAUUCAUGGCCACGUGUCGAGAAACAGAGGUGGAACCAGAGCUGGUCCGAGGAAUACAACAGGAAGAGGAGGAGUUGGAGGAAGAGGAGGAGGAAGAACGCGUCACAGAGUGUGUACAGGAGGAGGAAAAUGGUUUAGAGGAAGAGGAGGAAGUGGUUGAGGCAGUUGAAACAACUGAGAAGGAGGUAGAAGACGAGACGAAAGAGGAUGAGGAGAACCAGGAAGACUCUGAGGAAUACAGAGACGUCGAAGAGCAGCACAUUUCUACUGACCCUCGUUCUACCUCCCAAUCAGAGCUUGAGGGUCUUGGUGAGCGUUCAACCUACUGUAAAUAUAAGUUCUAAUAGGCCAGGAGGUGACAUUGAUCUUAUUGUGUUGUUGAAUUAGUUUAGUUUAUUGGGAUCCCCGUUAGCUACUGCAGCAGCUACUCUUCAUGGAUUGACUUGUGGUCUUCUUUGUGUUUCUUGUGCAGAGGAGGAAGACACUCAGGACUCAAAUGUCCAGCAGCAGGAGAGACCAGUCUGGGUCGAGGAGUUUGUUGUGGAGGAAGACACUCAGGACUCAAAUGUCCAGCAGCAGGAGAGACCAGUCUGGGUCGAGGAGUUUGUUGUGGAGGAAGACACUCAGGACUCAAAUGUCCAGCAGGAGGAGAGACCAGUCUGGGUCGAGGAGUUUGUUGUGGAGGAAGAGAAAAGGUCAGAGAAGCAAGACAACAGUUUGGAGGAGGAGAAGGCUGAGGUAGGUGAUGGCAGUAGCCAAGAAUGGGAGGAACAGACGUUGGAACGUAGUGAUGAAGGAUAUGAGGAUGAUGAUGAAGCAGAAAACACUAACUCCCGCUGUAGCACCGAAGUGACUGACGAAGACAUUAUCGGUGAGUAGUUGACAUCAUUGUUAAAUGCCUAACUACUCAAACUCAAUCGUUCAAGAACACAAGUCUACCAUUGUCAGUACACCCCCAGGAAAUAGCAAUGGUAUGAUCCCAUCCCCAUUAGAAUGUGAAUGAGUGGUUUGUUCCAUUCCUGUGUAGAGGAGUUGGACACCAAGGAAACCAAGGAUAUAGGAGAUGUCCAGCAGGAUAAUACCCACGUCCCCUGGUUACGACUGGACAGAGAGGUCUACUUCUAUGCUGGGCACAAAAUCCACAUCGUUGAGGCAUUGGACUCCUAUGGCGGAGUGAUCUGGCCAGCAGUGAGUACAGUUCUACUGUGUAACACCACAUUUGGCGUUGUCGGCAGGAUAAAUCGCUACAUUUGAAGUAGUCGGCAGGAUAAAUCAACGCACCAAACACUCACAUGGAACAAAGGAAAACAGGUAAGGCGUCUUCUCGCCUUCCUGUUCAGUCUACUCUUCUACAGGGUAACAGACAAAUGGACUACUGCAACACACGUGACGGACCACUAGAUGGUGCUAGACGACAAUACAGUAAUACAGUGGAGUAGUAGUAGUAGUAAUAAUAGUGGUAAUAUAAUGUAUUUGCUCCCCUGCAGGCGUUGGCUCUAUGUAACUACCUGGAGACCAAUACUGAUGUGAUAGAUCUGAAAGGAAAGCAGGUUCUGGAGCUGGGAUCAGGGACAGGAUUAGUGUCUGUCGUCGCCAGUCUACAGGGUAAGUCUUACUGAUUACCUUUGAGUUUUAGACUGUAACGCGAUCAGAGGUUGGAUCUUCUUACAUUUUUACAUUUUAGUCAUUUAGCAGACGCUCUUAACCAGAGCGUACCUUCUUCUUCUUCUUCUUCUCGUAUCUAGUGAUAGAUGUCUUUUGGAGUCAGUUUUUUUGUUCUUGUUCUUCUUGUUCUUAAAAAGCUCCUAACGUAAUGUGUAUCCCAGGUGCCCAGGUGACGGCCACUGACCUCCCAGACGUCCUUAGUAAUCUGAGAUACAACUUGCUCCGAAACACCAGAGGGCGCUCUAAAUAUACACCUGAGGUGACAGCUCUGGCCUGGGGUCCUGGGGUGGAACGCACUUACCCCAGAUCCAUCUAUCACUAUGACUACGUGCUGGCGGCUGACGUGGUGUAUCACCAUGACUUAGAGGAGCUGUUGUUUACCAUGAGAUACUUCUGUCGUCCAGGAACCACUCUGAUCUGGGCCAACAAGGUCCGCCUCCAGACAAACCUGGGAUUCACUGAGGAUUUCAAGAACACCUUCAACACCACACUGCUGGCUGAGAUGGGAUAG